UGGACAACCAGCUGAUUCGGAUCUUAGCUGGCUGAAUCCAGAAGUUGAAGCCCGGCUAGGCUUUAAGUACUACGCAACAAAACAGAGUUCCAGUGUGUGAAAAAAGGCGAAAAGAGUGUACCCCAUCUAUACGGGAGGAAGACUUCUUUCGAGUGAGCAGCAAUUAAAAGGUUAUCCGUAAACAGGCAUUCGGUACCCACCUGUUCUGUAAAAGAUGACGGUGAACAACGUUCUCUGGUUUCGACACGGGCUCCGAUUACACGAUAAUCCCAGCCUGCUGGAAGCCUUGCGUAACGAUGGCGGUAGAUCGGAAUCCGUCCGGUUGUAUCCAAUAUUCAUUUUCGACGGCGAAAGUGCUGGAACGAAAUUGGUCGGCUUCAACCGGAUGAAGUUUUUACUGGAGUCGUUGGCGGACCUUGACCGGCAGUUACGGGAAAUUGGCGGGCAGCUGUACGUUUUCAGGGGUAAUGCGGUCAACGUGAUGCGUCGGUUGUUCGAGGAAUUGAACAUCCGGAAGCUGUGCUUCGAGCAGGACUGCGAGCCCAUCUGGAAGCCACGUGACGAUGCCAUCGUUAACCUGUGCAACUCGAUGGACGUCAAGUGUGUCGAGAAGGUAUCGCAUACUCUGUGGGAUCCGGAGCAGGUCAUCCGUACGAACGGGGGCAUUCCACCGUUGACGUAUCAGAUGUUUUUGCACACCGUCAACAUCAUCGGCAAACCGCCCCGUUCGGUAGCUGCGCCCAGCUUCGAGUUCGUCGAAUUCGGCACCAUUCCAUCGAUUCUUGCCCAGGAGGUCAAACUGCAGCCAAUUCAAAAUCUCUCGCCGGAGGACUUUGGCAUUUACUACGAGGGCAACCCGGACAUCUCCCACCAGCAGUGGAUUGGUGGCGAAACCAAGGCCCUCGAGUGCCUUGGCCGUAGACUGAAACAGGAGGAGGAAGCAUUCCUGAACGGAUACUUCCUGCCCACCCAGGCCAAGCCGGAGUUCCUUGGACCGGCCACGUCCAUGAGUGCCGCGCUGCGGUUCGGGUGCCUAUCGGUGCGUAUGUUCUACUGGUGUGUCCACGACCUGUAUGAGAAGGUGCAGGCCAACAACCAGUACCGACACCCGGGAGGGCAGCAUAUAACGGGUCAGCUGAUUUGGCGGGAGUAUUUCUACACCAUGUCGGUGCACAACCCCAACUACGCCGAAAUGGAGGCCAAUCCGAUUUGUUUGAACAUUCCCUGGAACGAAGCGAAGGGCGACUCGCUGGAACGCUGGAAGGAAGGCCGAACUGGCUUUCCGAUGAUCGAUGCCGCGAUGCGGCAGCUGCUGGCCGAAGGGUGGCUGCAUCACAUUCUCAGGAACAUUACUGCCACAUUCCUAACACGUGGUGCCCUGUGGAUUAGCUGGGAAGCGGGAGUGCAACAUUUCCUCAAAUACCUCCUGGAUGCCGAUUGGUCCGUUUGCGCCGGCAACUGGAUGUGGGUUUCGUCGUCCGCAUUUGAAAAGCUACUGGAUUCUUCGUCGUGCACUUCGCCGAUUGCCCUAGCUAGGCGCCUGGAUCCCAAAGGGGAGUACGUGCGACGGUAUUUGCCGGAGCUGAAGAACCUCCCGACGCUCUAUGUCCACGAACCAUGGAAAGCACCGUUGGACGUGCAAAAGGAGUGCGGCUGCAUCGUGGGCCGAGACUAUCCGGCACCGAUGAUCGAUCUAGCGAGGGCCAGCAACGAAAACGCCAACAAGAUGAACAGCAUCCGACAGACGCUGAUGAAAAGCGGUGGAGAUACUCCACCGCACUGCCGCCCAUCGGAUGUCGAGGAGAUCCGGAACUUCUUCUGGCUUCCGGAGGAUGUGGUUGCCGACUGUUGAAUGAGUGUCUAUGUCUACCUAUAAUAUUUGUACCUACUAGAAAACUUAUAUAAUUCAGAUCUGAAAAAGUGGAUUGUCGUGUAACCGGUUAUCGUUGUAACAGUGUGCCAAUAAUGAUGAUAAAGUCAAUAUGGAACAAUGAAUGUGAUGUCAUGGUCAACGAAUAGAGCUUAUUGUUGGAAACAAAACAUAAGAGAUGUUUAUAUUUUGUGGUGAAAAGUUUGUACCGAAUUUUAAAAACAGAUAAAUUUUCUAAAUGCCUACAUUGUUAACCAAAUAUGUACGUAAAUAAACCAAUAGAUGAUGUAACGUAACUGGUAUCUAUUUUUUAUGAGAAAGACUACAAUUUUAACGGAAUGAAAAAACAAAAGCCACAACAUGGCGACCGUGUGACAGCAGUACAAGGUAGUACACUAUAACAGAUGGAGAACACAGUCAGAAAAGAAAGAACCACUUUGUUUUCGAUUUUGAUCCUAUAUUGUCUCAAUUUGGAUUUGAUCAAAACAUAUAAGCUAACGGUUGUAACAAUUUGGUUGGUUUGUUUGUUUUACUUGUGUACACUAUAGAUCUCGUCUGGUACAAUGCGACGAUGACACGAUACUGAUAAUGACGGACGAGUACAGGUGAAAACAAUCUUUAUGUUUGUUCGAAUCACUUGAAGAAACACACAGCUAUACGUUUGUUUGUUUUUCUUUUGGUAAUGAUGAUGAUACACGCAGCAGUAUGACCAAGAACAAAUAGAUGUCGGAUUGAAAUGCGUUCGAUAUACCUACAGCUGGCCAGGGCAGUUUCGGUCGUGAAAGUAUUGCCCCGCACUGUCCCACCCUGGAUUGUUGUACACUGAGAAUUUUUGGUUGCUUUUUGUCGUUGAAUAGCUGAUUUGAUCUGUUAGGUUUUUUUUUUGGACUAGUUGGUGUGUAAAUAGUAUUUACAUAGAUAUAUUUGUAAAUCUUUGCUUUAUUUUCGCUGAACGUUGCGUGGUAUACUGUUUACUGUAAUUUGAUCGGUUUUGUUAUUUGAUUUACCCAAAAACUAAAAUUUGAAGAACAUAUUUUAAUAACACACUAAUAGUUCACAGAACACCAGGUAAGAAUCAAAUUAUAACAUGUUUGUAAUUUUAUCAAUUCUCAAUAAACCUGUACAACUUCAGUAAUUACAGUAGUGUACAGCAUUUUUGAACUCGGUAAGCUGAUGACCAUUUUUGGUGUAGAAUCAUGCCCUGAGUUCGAAAACGCAAAAGAAAAAAAAUACAGUAGAGCGAAAUUUCUUUCGACUUUCUAUUUUUAAGCAACGUCGCUCACUUCAAACAUCUCAUUCUCCGUAAUCAAUGCUCCGAUUAAGCUGAAAUUUUUACUGUAACUCGCCUACACAUGAUAUGUCAAAUAAAAGUCGAGAAAGAAUGUUUAAAUACGGGUUUUCUUAUUUUAAAAAAUACAUUUCUUGAAAAUUUUUUGGGAAUUUUGCUAAAAUUUAGGGAGAUUGUCCCUAAAACUCGCCAAUAUCCUGAAAUUCAUCAAUCUGACGCAAAACCUGUAUUCAGAUGAUCGAAUGGUAUUGUAUUUAGCUUUUAAUUUAUGGAAAAAGAUUUAAAAUUGGUUGAACAAAACGCAAUAUAUUUGAAUUUUAGUAAAUUACAUAUUUUGAAAAGUUGUAAAACUCGAUAUUGAGCUAAAACUCAAAAAAAUGUUAUACUUAAAAUUUUUUGAAGGUCGGUUUCGAAGUCAGCGCUAAAUUGUGCUUCAAAAAUUGUGGUCGUUAACAGAAAUUCACGACUUUUGUUUUAUUUUGUAAAUUAGUGUUACUAGACUGGGUUACAAGAAAAGACAUUUCACUCUUGUACAUUAUUUGGGUUCCAUUUUGGACCCAUACCAUGCAAAAUUUCAGCUCGAUCGGAGAAACUACUAUAUUUUAGCGCCAGCCGCGUUUUCACGACCGGAACUCUUCCGAAGUUGGAUUGCAAGUGCAGUGCAGUAAAUGCAGUCCCAGUGACAAGCGACUGAUUAAAAAAAAAACUGAGCUGGAUAGUUGCAUGGUAUUUGUGUCGCACCUGUCUAUUAGGUUAAAGAUUAUUUUUGAAUUGCCUUUUUUUUAUUCAGCGUUGACUGCUCCAAUUCAACUCGUAUACAGCAGAAAGCAAAUAACCGAAGCUUAUUGUGCUGAAAAUGUUAGUUGGCCGGCUCUCUAAACUAGAGUACUGCUACUUUUACCUCAAUUCCCUUAACCCGUAAACACCCGGGACGUUUACGGGGAAUAGUUGUGCUAAGAAAUGCAUGGUACCUCCCCCCUUUGCACCCUCCCCCUUUUGCUGGUAGCCGAAAAUACGUGGCUUUUUUGUAUUUUUUAUAAAUUCUACAUGUUUUUACUCAAAUUUCAUCUUUUUGCUAAUCAUCAUCAAUAGUUUUUACUGAUCCUUGACAUGCAAUGUAUUACUACCCAUCGUAGUCUGUUGAAGUUUUGAUCCCAGAGCUAUUCUAAGGUCUCCAAAGCACGGUUGCAAAAAAUCCGAAGCAUCCAACGAACGUGAGUUUUUGUUUUUGUCUUUUCACCACACCGCUUCUGACGUUGAAGCCCCUGUCCUUCGCUGACGCAAGUGAAAAGAGAAUAAAAAUUCUCUCGUCACUCACUCCGGGGAGAGGGCAAGGUUCAAAAGCAACAUUUUUCCUGUGACCGGCACUCAAACGACAAAAAUUCACCACGCUUGCUUAUGGGCCAGUCACAUUCAUACGGCCGGUGUUGACAUGAAGCAUCCAUCAGAGCAGAGCGUGUGUUGAUAUUGGUGCAGUCAUUACCACAACAAAGUAGAUGAGUUUUUCUGUGUUCACUUUCAAGUCUCUCACAGCGGAGCUGAAAAUGAAUGCCAACAGCAUUCACUUCAGCGAAAUUUCAUUCAAUUGAGUGAGAUUUUUUCAACCCUGCUCCAAAGUACUCCGAAGUUUGUGUCACAAAUCUAACAUCCUAUAUCAAUUUUUAUACACGAUGAAUCAACACAGAACAUGGUCUACGGUACUCAGAAAGCCUCAAAGCACUUCUAGAAUAUUCAUGGUACAUGAAUUGGGUGAUCUAGGUCAUCCAAACUACUCUGGAAUUCAGUUUCUUAAGAUCUUUAACAUCUACCGUCAUUUGUGUUCCCUCUGUUUUUUUUUGUUUUAUGUUUUUUUUAUUGUGGAGCAGGGAAAAGCCCCUGGGAGUGAAAUUCUUUCUAUCGGAAUCUCUUCUCCCAAAGGCAUAAAACCUCCUCUUCUGAGAGUGAGAAAGUUUCUCUUUGAAGGAAGUGUUUUUAAGGGUUCCUCCAGAUGAUGGACUCUAGAUGAUCAGUAGUUGUCUGCCGUAGUCCAGAAGAGCGUCUCACAUGUGGGGAAGCAGCGUGAAUACAGCGCGAAACAGAUGGUACGCAUUCAUUUCUGGAAACAGUCAUCGACUUUAUUAGGGGCGCAGUAUCAAAAACUUAGACCUGACAUAUACUAAUUCGUUACCUGACAAAACAGCAGCCUGCUCCAAUCGACGUGCCAUACGAGCUAUAUUUUUUUCCGGCUGAUAAGCCAGAAAGUCGUUGAAACGGAAGCUCAGUCUUGUGGCUUUCCUUAUCCUGUGGAAUAGUAGCUUCCUUUCGGCCGAUGAACCGGACGACUAACUGAAGAACGUUUAUUUUGUUUAUUUGUUUUUACUAUCAACAGGCUAACUUAUGCCCUAAUAAUAUUGGAUCUACAUAAAAUCAUUUUAAAAUUAUUCCUAAGUACUUUACCCUUGACAGGUGAAAGUCGAAACCGCCAGCAACCCUAUUAAAAAGUCUAAGAAGGCCGCCAAGGGACCCGUAAGCGGCAUAGUUCGUGCGACGGACAGGAAUUUCCAAAAACCGGUGCACAGUAAAACCGCUCAGCACUAAAUUGUGUAAGCCCUACUCAUAAGUGCAUAAUUUCCAGACCACACAAAAAUGUGUUACAGUCAGUGUUGGUAAACUCAUACUCAAAGCACACUCAUGAACCGCUCCUGCGUGAGCAAACUCGCACGCGAUUCUGAAUCGUUUUCUCACGCGCGAGAAUUUCAUGCAAAAUCUCGCACUCACGAGUCAAGCGCCGAAAUCUCGUUCGCUUGUAAAGCGAAUCUAAAUCAAUUUGAACGGCAUUCAAUGUUAUUGUACGCUAGAUUUGCUUUUGUUCUAUCAUACAAUCCUUAAAACUUCGAUGUAAACAUUAAGAACACCAAGAAAUAAAGGAAUGAGUGAAAUCAUGAGCCAACUCAUGCAUGAAUUUUUCGGCGGUGAGUUUGGCGAGUCAAGAAUCGCGCGUGAAACAACUCAACCAUGAGGUUUGAGAAUUUGAGUUUAUACCAACACUGGUUACAGUUACACAUUCUCAAAAACAGCUCGUACACUCGUCUAGAUGCGAAAUGUCGAUAUUUUUUUGUUUUCCAAGGUCACUAGUAAACCUAGUUAGAUUGCUGUACAAAAACUUUUACGAAUUUAACGAUUUUGCGGACACAGGAGCCGAUUUUGUGACUGUGCAAGGGUUACACCACAGACAAACAGACGUAACACUCUGAUAAUUCCCAUCGUACUUCGAUUUAACGAUCUUUUUCAAAAUUUGAUAGUUGGCCAACUACCCACCUGUGGCGCUCAUAUCGUUUUUGUUCAGGUUUGACGUUUGCUCACUACCGCCACCUAGUUGAUGGUCGGCCAAACUUAGUCAUUUUAGCAUUGGGCUAAUAUGUUUCCGUGGCUAUGAUUUGAAUCGAAAAAUGUUCGAAGUGUUACGUCUGUUUGUCUGUGGAUCGAAUAAGCAGUGUGGAGCAAACACGAUUUUUUGAACCACGCUAUUGGAUAUUGGUCAGCAAAACCGGGUAAUCGAUCCUUGAUGUUAACACAUCUGAGAUGAACAGAGCUCGGGCCACAUUCCGACGAAUUGCUAAACUGUCCAAAUGGAUGAGUUGACAACGACUCUCGUAACUGGGUAGACGAAACGGGUCUCCCAUGGAAGGCUUCGGAGAGCGAAACGGAUCAACCUUCGUUGUACAGCUUCAAUUCUAUCCACACCGUUACAGUAGUAAGGAUUCCAGCGGCAGACGUGUGUUGUAGCUUUCCACUAUUCGGCGUGCCACCUUACGCGGAUAACAAGAGAGCGUGGAGCGGCGCAGCGUUGCAGGGUGAAGUUGCAGACGGCACAAGAUAAGUACAGUUCUGGAACCAGUCGUUGGCUUCAUUAGGUGCGUUCGAAGGCUUCGGCCAGACAUAUACCAGUUCGUUACCUGACAGAACAGUAACUUUCAUCCGACUGACCAGCCUGUGAAAUCGUAGUUUCCCGUUCGUACACGGAUAACAAGGGAGCGUGGAGCGAAUGAAUUUUAGUCACAUUGAUGUUCAUUAGACCUCGCAAUGCUAAGAGCAACUCGAUAUUGUGGUAGUUGGACAUUCCGUGAAAUACAAGUGGUCUCAAAACACUUUUAAGUUUGGGUUACGAUAUCUACAUACAAUACACACUGUGUCAUGCUUUAAUUGUAAAAAAUAUUCGUGGGAUGUAGUCUAUACUGCUGAUGAAGCCUCAGUGCACUACUAUAAUGUUUUUGGUACAUUCAUGGGGUAUUCCAGGUUUUCCAAACUACUUUGGAAUUAGGACCUUCAAGGUCUACAGGCUCUACUCUUGUUUCUGUUCACUCUAUCGGAAUAAUUCUUUCACGAUUGUGUCUGUUGCACCUCAUAAUACUGCGAGUAUCUCUAUGUGUUGCUAUUUGGGUGUCCAGUCCACUGGUAUUCAAAUGGACCCAAUGUAUUUUGAAGUAUGGGUCGCAAUAUCUGUAAACCUUAUGAUAUAUUUAUGCUCGUGGAAUAUAAUCUGCGCUACUUUUAGAGCCUCGGAGUGCAAUUCUGAUAACUUAGCAACAUUCACUUGGUGAUCUGGGUCAUUCAAAUUAUUCUGGAAUAAAGCCGCAAAUAAGGCCCGUUGAGAAAUAGUUAACUUUGAUGAAAGGGAAACUACGGAAAGAGGAUAGAGGAGCAGAGGACGUCACCAAAUUCAAGAAAAACUGGGUCAACCCAAGCAAAACCAUCGUCGGAACGGUUGUCCAAAACCUUAUGAAAAACACCAAGAAGAAAGUGUGAGAGGUAGCAAGAUCCUCGAAAAAUUAAAUAUACAAUGAUGUCAUGGGCUUUUCUCAUGGUCAAUAAACAAUGUAAUUGAAUUUAAUUUACAAAAUAAAUGAAACAUUUGGCGCUGUCCAUAAACUACGUAGACUUUUUUCGGCCAUCUCAGACCCCUCCUCCCUCCCUCGUAGACUUUUGUUCAUACAAAAUGAUUUUAAAUUUUUAAAACCUUUUUUUUCAGUGUAGGAAGAAGUUUUGUAUUUUUUUUUAAAUUAAAAAAAAAAACUUCAUAGAAUUACCAUACAACACUUUUUGUAGUUCUUGUCAUUUUUGAGUUACCUCGAUUUAAAAAAAAUUUAAAAAAAAUUAGGCCCUCUUCAAAAGUUACUCUUGAAAAAUUUCGAAAAAACAAAGUACGCAAAGUUGCUUAGAAACACCUAUAUGUUUAUGUUUAUAGUUACGGUUUAGUAAUUUUCUUAUUACCACAUGUUUUUGCAAAUUUAUUGAAAUAGCUGUUAUUGUAAAUCAUCAAUCAGCUGCCCGAAAAAAUAUCAAGAAUGACAUCGUAAAAAGGAAUUCACGAAAAAAGAGUCAUUCCCGUAGGUACACCUAGAGGAAUUCUCGGAUGAACUCCUAAACGAAUUUCCAAAAGAAUUCCCUGAUGAACUCUUAGAAGAACGUUUGGAGAAACUCUUGGAAGAAUUCCGGAAACAAAUCUUAGAAGAACUCUUAGAGAAAUUGCCGAAGGAACUCUCAGUAGAAUUCACGGAGAAACUCUUAUAAGAAUUCUCGGAGGAAACUCCGGCCAUUCUUUGUACAACUCCCAGAAAUAUUUUUAAAGCAACUAGUAAAGUAAUUGCCGGAGGAGCUUUCGGAGGAAUUUCCGGAGGAACUCCUAGAGAAAUUGCCGAAUAAAUUCGGAAAGGAAUUCAAGGAGGAACUCGCAGAGCAAUUACCAGAAGUAUUCUCAGAUGAGUUCCCGGAUGAACUUUUAAAUGAAUUCCCGGAGGUACUCCCAAAGAAAUUCCCGGAUAAACUCCCACAUAAAUUCCUGAGAGAAGGUCUAGAUAAAUUCUCGAUGGAACUUCUAGAAGAAUUCCCAAGAAAUUCGUGAAGAAAUUCCCGGAAGAAUUCGUAGAGGAAUUCCCGGGUGAACUCAGAUACUUCUAGAGAAAUUCCUGGGAGAACUCCUAGAGGAACGUUCGGGAAAACUCCUGAAUGAUUUCCUGGAAAUUUAGAGGAAUUUCAGGAAGAACUUCUAGAGGAACUUCCAGGGGAACUCUUAAAGGAAUUUUCGGAGGAAACUCCUGGAAUACCCAGUGUAACUUAUAGAAAAAAAAACCUAUAGAGCAACUCGUAGUGAAAUUGCCUGGACAACUUAUUGCUGGUAAAACUCAAGAAGGUGUUCUUGAAGAUAUUUGAAUUUCCGGAAAUACUCCUAGAGAAAUUUCCGGAAAAACUUUCAGAGAAAGUCACGAAGAAAUUCUUAGUGUAAUUCCCGAAAAAAAUAGUUAAGGAAUUUUCUUGGAGAAAAUCCUAGAGAAAUUCUCACAGGAGCGUCUAGAGGAAUGUUCGGAGAAACUUCUGGAAGAAUUCCUGGAAGAAAUUUUAAAGAAACUCCUGAAAGAAAUCCAGGGGGAACUGCUACAGAAAUUGUCGGAGAACUCCCAGAAGAAUUCCCGGAACAACUUUUAGACGAAUUACAGGAGAAGCUCCUAGAGGAAUUAUCGGAGGAAACUUCUGGUAUUUCCAGUGCAAUUUCUUUGAACUCUUGAAGGAAUUCCCGUGAACAUUCGUUAAGGAACUCCUGGAUGAACUCGUUGAAGAACUCGUGGAGGAAUCGCGGAGGGGCUCCUAGAGGAAUUGCCGGACGAGCUCCUAAAGGAAUUCCCAGGAAGAACUUCUACAGGAAUUCCCGGAGCAUUUCAGAAUACUCGGAGUAACUCUCAGAGGAAUUUCUAGAAGAAGUACUUAUUACAAAAAGUCCCAGUAAUACAUCUGUAGCAAUGCCCGGAGAAACUCCUAGAGGAUGUUUCGGAGGAAACCCUCAGAAUUCCCGAAGGACCUUCUAGAGUUCCCGGAGGAACUCCUAGCGGAAUUCUAGGUAAAACUGCUGGUAGUAUCCUCAAAAGAGUUGCUGGAGAAAUUUCAUCUCUUCUGGAGAUGAACACGACAAAAAACAUUUUCUUAAGAAUCACUAGCAUUUUCUUCAAUCUUCGGAAUCCCUAGAUUCCUUCUUCAGCCAUCGGUUAUCUUCAGGAACCUCCGGUAUUUUCUUGAACUCAAUUUAAUUCAAAGGGCUUUAACUUUCAAUACAUUGUUUACGCGACAUGCGAAGUUUAAAUACGAGUGGAACUGAGCGUAAUUUGACCUAUUUUAGCGUUUCAAAUUUUUAGAACUGUUAUAAAUUUUGAACAAAAAAAAAAAACCACCGCAGAAAACUGCUAUGUAUUCAGAUUUGGAGUCAUCUUGCUUGAAAUAUUUUUAUUCUUCAUCACUUAACUUAAUUUACAGCUCUAUUGUCCACUGGGGCACUACGUGAGCAAUUUCAAUGGACAGCUGCACUUACAUUUUUGUACAGCGCCUAGAUUCUAUUCUACUUUAUCGAACUGGUUGCCUUUCUGCUGCUUUCACUUUUUCUACUUUAUACAUAGUAGAAUGAUGAGCACAAUGAGGAUGAUGAAUGGCCGUUGUUCCUUUCCAGUCCGAUUGGGGGUCCAUUAUGAGUAGCAGUUCGCCGAUGUCCAGGUAUCCGGGUCCGUUUGAGCCAUGGGGCUCAGAAGUGGGUCAGUGUCAGUUGCUCUCGGGGGAAAAGCAACUGACGAAAAAUUGCAAGUGCCGGGGCUGGGAAUCAAACCAAUGACCAUCCGCAUAUGAAGCGAACGUGUGACCAACUACGCCACGGGCCCCGGCUUGCUUGAAAUAUUGUAAUGAAAUAAAUCAAGAAAAAAUUUAAUGUAUCAAUGCAUUUUCUGAGAUCGGCGUAGAAAAUUGGAGUUCGGCGGCGUGGCGCGGCGGCGCACACCUCUACUACCACCGCCAGCACCCUGCUAGUGCUGAAUAUAAAAAGCGAGAUUUUUUCAACGUGUUGUACACAAUACAACAGCGCGAUCGCUCGAGGGUUAAAUUAGUUGAACAAAAUUCUGUUACGUAGCUCCAUAGAGAUCCACUCGGUACUGGUUUUGCUGAAAUCAGUACGUCUAGAGCUACUUAUUUCUGUACUGAAGUCCUGGGGAACUAAAACCAAAGUUUUAGAUUUUUCCCAACGUUUCGACUCAUUUUAGAGUCUUCUUUAGGGUAUAUUUGUCAUGUGUAAUGGAACAUUUCGUGUUAGCCUCUAAUUCCAGUUAUUCUAUUACAUCUUAAACGAUCUUUUGCCAAAUGGCUUUGUGUCGUUUUCUUAACAAACGAUCACUUCUGAGUUUUAUGUUUGAUUCAAACCAGAACAUGUUUGGAUGAACAAUCUACUAACAUUUUUGCUGUAGUGCUUGAGAGACCUUCCUCUCGAAAGCGUUUGCUCCACAAGCCAUUAUGCAGCUACUUUUGUUAGUAGGUGUAGGGAGAUUUUGUUAGACGAUAAUUUGCAAUUGAUGAAAUGACAAUCAUACUAGUGUUUUGAUUUUCACCUGGUAUUCUUUUUAAUAAAUGCUGUUGUUAAUGUUCGAAUAAAAUCAUAUUUUUGCUGAUGAUGUCAUGAGUGCACCCUGGAAAGUGUCUGCCCUGUGUUGGUAUUGGUGUAGUACGUCUGAAAGGAACAAUAUGGAUAUGAAUAGAAUUUUAACAAUAAAACACAAGAAACCAUUGUUUUUCCUCGAAUUCCAAUUUUAAUUCAAUAACAUUUACCAAGUUCAUUGGAACCAAAUCUAAUUUAUAGAACAGCAUGCUUUUGCCUUCCAAUCUCCUGUCCGGGAAAGAACAUAUCAUACAAAACGGAAACAGACAGUAACUCACACACGCACGAAACGAGCGUCGCCCCGCUUCCUCAACCCUUGCCCUUGCUAUUGUUUGCCUAUAAGAGCUAAUGCGGGAGACGUCGUUUCGGCCGCGUUCUGCUCUACCUUGUCUCCUUUGGCUGAUUUAACCGUAAGUAAACUGUUAAUGGAAAGAAUUUGCUGUGUAAUGCCUAGUUAACUUUGCCCUACUAUUUAGUUUUUAUAAAGAGAACUGAAUCCUAAAACGCACGCGCACGCGCAUCCGGGGAUCCGGAUGGAACGAACGGCCAUUAUCAUCACACGAUUGGACACGACUGUACAAUAGAGCUCAUCGCACGCAUACACAUACGCACUUGCUUGUAUACCAUCGCUCUGCACUUACGUUAUUUAGUUUCUCCCGAUUACUCACGCACGCCGUGCUGCCGGACAGUCCGUAUGCCUGUCUCUGGUCGUUAAAUAUAAGGUUUUCCGCGGUAAAAUAAUAAAAAAACAAAA